AUGGCACCCAGUUUUGACAAUGAGAGCUCCCUCUUUAAUUUUGUCGUCCGGGAUGGAAACGGCGUCAAAGGAAUUGUGGAUUCUGGCAUUUCAAAGGUACCCCAGGCUUACAUUCAGCCACCCGAUGAGCAAAUUAAUAAGAACAAGGCUACCAAAUGUGAGAUUCCACCCAUUGAUUUGUCCAGGCUUGAUGGUCCUCACCAUGAUGAAGUGGUGAAUCAAAUUGUUAGAGCUGCUGAGACUCUUGGAUUCUUCCAAGUUAUCAACCAUGGAGUUCCUGUAGAAUUACUCGACUCCCUUAAGCAGACGGCACAUAACUUCUUUGGUUUGCCUGCAGAAAGAAAGGCUGUGUAUCGUAAGGAAAUGAGUCCAUCCCUAUUAGUGAAGUAUGGGACGAGUUUUGUGCCCGAGAAGGAGAAGGCUUUGGAAUGGAAAGACUACAUUAGCAUGGCUUACACCAAUGAUGACGAAGCUCUGCAACAAUGGCCUGUGGAGUGCAGGGAUGAUGCUCUUCAAUAUUUGAAGACCUCACAUGACAUGGUGAAGAAAUUGCUUGAAGCUUUGAUGGGAAGUCUGGGAGUGGAACUAGACGACUCGAAGAUCGAUGCAUUCAUAGAAAAGAAGAUGGUUAACAUGAACUUUUACCCAACAUGUCCUAAUCCUGAACUCACAGUCGGUGUAGGACGUCAUUCCGAUAUGGGUACUGUUACAAUAUUAUUACAAGAUGGGAUUGGUGGUUUGUAUGUGAGGGUUCUUGAAGACGUUGACAUGGAAAAGAAGGGAGAAUGGGUAGAGAUUCCUCCUAUUCCCGGAGCCUUAGUCAUCAAUGUUGGUGAUAUGUUACAGAUAUGGAGUAAUGGAAGGUACAAAAGUGCAGAGCAUAGAGUACGCACCACAAGUACAAAAUCUCGAGUAUCAAUACCAAUAUUCGUAAGUCCCGACGCAACACAAAAGAUCGCACCAUUGCCUCAAGCGGUGGAGAAAGAUGGAAUUGCUCGUGACAGAGAAUUUGUGUUUGCAGAUUAUAUGAACAGCUUCUUUGGAAAUGCACAUAAGGGCAAGAAAUCUCUUGAGUUUGCAAAAACCAACUGAUCUGAUUCAAGUAAAUUUGUAUUUUAUUUUGUUUUGCUAUUGAUUUAAGACAUC